AUGCUACAUCAGAUGGACGUCAAGACAGCGUUUCUUAACGGCUCCCUCAACGAAGACAUCUACAUGGACCAGCCGGACGGAUACCUGGAUGCAACACAGCCGGACUAUGUGUGCAAGCUAAAGAGAUCACUCUACGGCUUGAAGCAAUCGCCUCGCAUGUGGAACCAAACAAUCGAUGGGUUCAUGAUCAAGAUGGGAUUCAAGAAGUGCGAAUCGGACCACUGCAUCUACAUCAAGCGAGACGACCAAGACAUGAUUCUCGUGGUGCUCUACGUCGAUGAUCUCAUCCUGGCCAGCAGCAACAACGAACUCCUCAAGUCGACCAAGAUGGCGCUGAGCAAACGCUUCGAAAUGACGGAUCUCGGUGAGCUCGAUUACUUUCUCGGCAUGGAGAUCAAGAACGACCGUAAGACGGGAAUGGUGACUGUACAACAAACCAAGUUUCUCAAGUCCGUGUUAACCAAGUUCGGAAUGGAUAACAGCAAGCCAGUGAAGACGCCUCAAGAUCCCGGCCUGAAGCUAACCAAGAACAUGUGUGAACAAGAAUGCAAGCACGAAGACACCAUGUGCAACGUGCCAUAUCGAAGUGCUGUCGGAGGCAUCAUGUAUCUCAUGGUCGCCACACGUCCGGAUCUAGCUGCUGCAGUGGGAUCAUUAUCCCAGUUCUCGUCCGACCCAUGCCCGACUCACUGGCAAGCUUUGAAGCGUGUGCUGAGAUACCUGCAAGCAACGCCCAAUCAUGGUCUUGAGUUUACACGUGAAGAAGGAAGCCGUAUCUGCGGGUACACCGACGCAGACUGGGCCGGCGACAUUGAGUCAAGACGAAGUACAAGCGGCUAUGUGUUCAUGAUGAGCGGAGGAUGCAUCAGCUGGAAAAGCCAGAAACAACGGACAAUCGCGCUAUCUUCAACAGAAGCAGAAUACAUGGCGCUUUCCGAAGCAACCAAAGAAGCAGUAUGGCUCAAGGUGCUUUUGGGGGAACUUGGUGAGAUGACAAGCGACGAAGCGAUCAAGAUGUAUGAAGACAACCAAUGA